GACGAUUACUCUUCGUGGGAGAAAAUGCAAAGGAUAGUCGCAUGGUGCCUUCGGUGGAAAGGGGACAACAUGAUUAAGGGUCCCCUAACGCCGGUAGAAUUGAGGCACGCUCGUGACGUCAUUAUUAAACUCCUGCAACGGAUACAUUUCUCCAAAGAAUUGCGAUGCUUAUCGUCAAGUUCCAACCCUGAAAUCGCGGGAAAAUUACAAAGAUUGUCCCCAUUCGUAGAUAAAGACGGGAUUGUCCGAGUUGGCGGUCGGCUAAGGCAUUCUUCAAUGCCUUUUACACAACGUCACCCUAUAAUUUUGCCAAAGGCACGUGUCACAGGUCUCAUCAUUGAAGCCGAGCACCGAGCUCAACUGCAUGCUGGGGUUCAAGGUACAUUAUAUGCCGUUAGACGCCGUUUCUGGCCUAUUGACGGUCGCAACCAGGUAUGGAAGGCGUUACGCACCUGUACCCGUUGUCUCCGGGCCCGACCACCGGCCACCAAUUACAUUAUGGGUGAAUUGCCAGAAGCAAGGGUAACGGAAGCUCGGCCAUUUACUAACGUAGGGGUAGAUUACUGUGGCCCUUUUUACAUCAAGGAACGCCGUCAUCGUAAUCGCACGCGAAUAAAGGUUUACGUAGCGGUCUUCGUCUGCCUCGCAGUUAAGGCAGUUCAUUUAGAGUUGGUGAGUGAUCUUACCAGCGAAGCAUUCAUCGCAGCGCUCAGAAGAUUCAUUGCUCGACGCGGGUAUUGCGUUAAAAUACAUUCAGAUAACGGAACCAAUUUCGUUGGAGCAAAUAACGAAAUACAGGAAAUUCAACGACUCAUCAGAUCGGACGAACAUAAUACAAAGGUACAAAACUUUCUCGCACAACGGUCAAUAGAGUGGAGCUUCAUACCACCACGCGCACCACAUUUUGGGGGUUUAUGGGAAGCAGCUGUAAAGUCCUUCAAAAACCAUCUCCUUCGCGUCGCGGGUACUGAGCUAUUCACUUUCGAGGAUUUUAAUACCUUGAUUAUUGAAAUUGAGUCAAUUUUAAAUUCCCGACCAUUAACACCCAUGUCUUCAGACCCUAAUGACCUCCUAGUGUUAACACCCGGUCAUUUCCUGAUUGGCGAUUCGCUUACGAGUCUACGUGAGCGAGACUACUUAGACACGCCUCCAAGUCGUCUUUCGAGCUGGCAGUUCAUUCAGAGGAUCAAGCAGCACUUUUGGACUCGUUGGCAUCGCGAGUAUUUAAAUGAGCUCACAAGACGUACCAAAUGGAGCAAAGGAGAACAUCCCAUCAAAGAGGGCACGUUAGUCCUUCUUAGGGAAGACAAUGUACCUCCCAUGCAAUGGGCCUUGGGUAGGGUGCUCAGAACGUACCCGGGUUCCGACGGCAUCAUUCGCACCGUGACAAUUAAAACGGCUGCGAGUGAGCUAGAUCGGAGCGUGAAGCGUCUGGUACCCUUGCCUUAUCAGGUCGAAGAAAGAAGCAACGAGCCGGAAGAGCCAGCAUCGACAGCGAAUGUCAAUCCAAUCGAUGAUUGAAUUCAUCGGACUUUAUUAUAUAUUUUGAUAUUCUUUACAUUUAAACAUAUAUUAAUCAAUUGCAUACGUGAAUAUAUAUAUUAUUAGGUUAUAUAAUCAUUAGCAUUUAAACUUCAUAGAAUUAAUUAAUAAGUCAUUUAGUAUUUUGUAGCUUAAGUAGCAAACAGGCUCAUAUUAUCACGUAUAUCUUGAUCGGUAUCCAAUC